AUAUAGUCAUAUUUCCAUGUUCUUAUUUCAUUUUGCCAUCUUCUUGCCUCUUGGGUUGUCUCAAAAUUUUCAAUCAACCACAACAAAUAACAAGUCAAAAUGAGGCGGCAAUGGAAAAGUAUUCCGGAUUUGUGUUUUGCAGAAUUGAUUAUUAUAGAAGAAGAAGAAUUGAAAGCAAAUUGGAAACGCCCAUUUUGAUCUAAUCUAACCACCAGCAGAUUUUGUAACAGACAGUUCUUUGCCUGAUGAAAAAAGAGGGGAUUUUCAGGAAUUUUGUUCUUGACUUUCUCGCCUGCAAUUAUGCAAUUGAAAUCCAUCAACACCUUUGUGAUCACACUUAUGUUGGGUUUUGCACUCAUCAUCUUCUUCUUCACAACCAGCUUUCUUGAAUUCCCAUCUGCCAAUUCUUCUGUCUCAUCAACCCUAGAGUAUUCUAUUUUUGAAACUCUGUCGAAUUCCAGCAAACCAGAACCCUUCAUUGACUUGCACAAGGCAUUCAAUAAAUGGGAUUCUCAAGUGGGUUGUGCUCAAUUCAGGGAAAAACACAAAGAAUUGUUGGGGAAUAGGUCAAAGAUCUCAUCUUUACAAGAUGCCGAGGGUCAAAUCCAGUGUGGUGAGUUGCAGAUGAACCACGUGAGUGUUCUUGUCAAAGGGUGGACUUGGGUUCCUGAUAAUAUGAACAACCUGUAUAGUUGCAGAUGUGGGUUGAGCUGUUUAUGGACUAAAUCUUCAGUUCUUGCUGAUAGGCCUGACGCCCUAUUAUUUGAAACCACAACUCCUCCAUUUCAGAGGCUAUCUGGCGAUCCCCUUCGUGUCUAUAUGGAUCUUGAAGCUGGGAGGAAGAAGUCUGGCUAUGAGGACAUGUUUAUCAGUUAUCAUGCUAAAGAUGAUGUCCAAUCAACUUAUGCUGGGGCUCUCUUUCAUAACAACAGAAAUUAUCAAUUAUCUUCCAUCAAGAACAAUGAUACCCUUGUUUAUUGGUCCUCAUCACGCUGUCUACCUCAAAGAAACCAACUUGCCAAAAAGCUACUGAGUUUGCUGCCACACCACUCAUUUGGCAAGUGCAUGAACAAUGUCGGAGGCUUGGACCAGGCACUGUCCUUCUAUCCUGAGUGCGUGAAGGAUUCCAAUGAAGCACCAAAAUGGUGGGAUCACCUGCAUUGUGCCAUGUCACAUUACAAGUUUGUCCUUGCAAUUGAGAACACCAUAACUGAGAGCUAUGUGACUGAGAAACUCUUUUAUGCCCUGGACUCGGGGGCUGUUCCUAUAUACUUUGGCGCCCCAAAUGUUUGGGACUUCGUACCUCCUCAUUCAAUAAUAGACGGAACACAAUUCAGUUCUAUGGCGCAAUUAGCUUCUUACAUCAAGUCCCUAGCUAAUGAUCCGGUUGCUUAUGCUGAGUAUCAUGCGUGGAGGAGAUGUGGUGUUUUAGGUAAUUAUAGGAAGACUCGUGGAGCAAGUCUAGACACGUUACCUUGCAGGCUGUGUGAAGCUGUGAGCAGAAAAAAUGGGAGAAAUGCAAAAGCCUUGUAACUUAGUUCUAGUUGUUACUGAGAGUUCCGUGGCCAUUACAUUUUGAUGCUCAUUUUGUGUCCCCAUAUUGUUAGUUGUAUACAAAGCACUGAGAGAGGGAUGUUGUAGCAAGACCUGCAAACUUACGAAAUCAAUCAUACAGAAGUUUUUGCUUCUACCCUGAAGUUUGAACAUAC